AUGCUCCAAGGCGUGGCUGCAGGCCCUCAGGUUCUGAGACGAUCCGUGCCCGGAGUCUAUUUCAUUCUCCCCCCGACUCUCGCACUGUUUCUGAAGUGCGUUUACCGAGAGCAUCUCUCCCUCCGUGGCUCUGCAAGCUCCUGGAAUAGUGGAACACUCAUGCUGUUUCUCUUCCUCUCGGAGUAGACUUCAGCAUUCUAUACCAUCAGAAUCAAAUAAAAAGUGGGAGAGUGCCCCAGGAAGCGGUUGGAACGCAGAACUGGGCUUUCGAGCUCCUGCACAACAGACUUCAGCUGCUAAGCGCGUCUCAAGUGCUGCCAUUUUGCCUCUGGGAGGAUAGGCAUGGAUCCUUACCAAGAGCCCUGCAUGUUACCUUCAGACACAGGAGACCACCGUGGCAAUGUGACUCGCUGGUAUUUUGACUCUGAGAAGAACCAGUGCGGAUCCUUUAGGUACAGUGGAUGUCAAGGGAAUGCCACCAACUUCCUCAGCAAGACUGACUGCAGGAAGGCCUGCAUGCACGUCGUGAAGAAGGGACAGUGCCCGCUUUACCCUUACCAAAUGCGAAUGGAGUGCCCGGCCUCCUGUAAGAGCAACAUGGAUUGCGCAGCCGAGGAAAAGUGCUGUGAGUCCAGGUGUGGCUUUAUUUGUGCCAGAGCCUGGCUAGGUAAGGAUUGGUUUUGCCCACAUAAGGCCCUGGCGUGUUCCAAGCUUGAUAAGCCCAAGUGCCAUCGAGACAGUGACUGUCCCCUCGACGAGAAGCGCUGCACCCGCUGUGGAAUGAAGUGCUUGGGACCCAGACACUGA